CCCGAUCAUUACAAUUACAAUAUUGUUCUCUUUUCUCUUCUGCAUUCCAUCUCGAAUCCAUUGACAUCCAUAAACACCUAUUCCUCGUGAGAUAACUGGGGUGCUCGAUGUCAAGCCUUAUUCUUCGCAUUGCCACGGCGUCAACGUAUCGAGCGGCCUGGUCUGCCUUCGCUUUCCCCGCUCACACCUCGACGGGGGACCACUCCCAGGUGCACGAGAACGCUGACCUCGCGCCUCCGUCCCGGAAUCUCGACGCCCAUAUCUUCACUUUUACCCUCCCACCCCUCUCUCUCCGCCACCACGCGGCCGCCCUUCUCAUUCUUUUCUAUAAUACUGCAGGUUUAGCGACGCUUAGCGAAACCAUUGCACAAACUGCCAAAACUGAUCAUCUAGGACGCACAAACCGUUCCGCCCGCAACACGCGAUCUGCGAUCUACGAUUUGUCUUCCCGCACGUCGGUUGAGCGCCUCGCGCCUGCAAUGGGAGAUCGCGAUUAGCGCUGCGCAUUCUUCCACCGAGACGGCGCACGCCAUAACCGACCGCAACCUUCCGUACAUCAAUUGCCUGAUCGCUUUCCGUGACAGCUCGGCUGUCCCGUGAUCGAAUUCCCUCUCGCUCGUCAAUCGAGCAGAUCACGAGCCGAACCGUUCUCAACCUUCUUCUUUCAA